GCGGGAGGCGCAGCCGCGGCCGGGGCGCGUCUGCGCUACUGACCUGGACGAGGUAGACCAUGACUGUCUCUUUGGUGGCGUUGCUCGCUGGCCCGCUUUUCCUGAGGUUUCCCUAAGCCACCCCCCUGGUGGAACCGCUCGCAGAUUUUGUGUACAAGUGCUUUGGAAAAGAUGGCUGAUAUUAACCUCAAGGAAAUAACCUUAAUAGUAGGUGUGGUUACUGCCUGCUAUUGGAACAGCCUCUUUUGUGGUUUUGUUUUUGAUGAUGUGUCAGCAAUACUGGAUAAUAAAGACCUGCAUCCAUCUACACCUUUAAAAACUUUAUUUCAGAAUGACUUCUGGGGAACCCCUAUGUCUGAGGAGAGAAGUCACAAGUCUUACCGUCCCUUAACAGUCUUGACAUUUCGCCUAAAUUAUCUGUUUAGUGAACUGAAACCGAUGUCAUAUCAUCUCCUAAAUAUGAUUUUACAUGCUGUGGUCACUAUAAUAUUUCUUAAAGUCUGCAAACUUUUUCUGGACAGCAGAAGUAGUGUGAUUGCUUCUUUACUCUUUGCAGUACACCCAAUACACACAGAAGCAGUAACAGGUGUUGUAGGAAGAGCAGAACUUUUGUCGUCUAUCUUUUUUCUAGCUGCAUUUUUGUCAUAUACCAAAUCUAAAGGACCGAACAAUUCCAUAGUAUGGACUCCAAUUGCAUUGACAGUGUUUUUAGUGGCUGUUGCAACACUGUGUAAAGAACAAGGAAUAACAGUUGUGGGAAUUUGCUGUGUGUAUGAAGUAUUUAUUGCUCAGGGGUAUACUUUACCAUUAUUAUGUACUACUGCUGGACAGUUUGUCCGUGGCAAGAGUAGUAUUCCAUUUUCUAUGCUGCAGACAUUAGUAAAACUCAUUGUUUUGAUGUUCAGUACAUUAUUACUGGUUGUGAUUAGAGUCCAGAUUAUUCAGUCUCAACUUCCAGUGUUCACCAGGUUUGAUAACCCAGCUGCUGUAAGCCCAACUCCUACGAGGCAGCUAACUUUCAACUACCUCCUUCCUGUCAAUGCUUGGCUUCUAUUAAAUCCUUCAGAGCUCUGCUGUGACUGGACCAUGGGAACAAUACCACUUAUAGAGUCAUUUCUAGAUAUUCGAAAUGUUGCCACAUUUACUUUCUUUUGUUUUUUGGGAGCUUUGGGAGUAUUCAGUCUCAGAUAUCCCAGUGAUUCCUCCAAAACUGUUUUAAUGGCGCUUUGUUUAAUGGCAUUACCAUUUAUUCCUGCAUCGAACCUUUUUUUUCCAGUUGGAUUUGUUGUUGCUGAACGAGUAUUAUAUGUCCCUAGCAUGGGAUUCUGUAUUUUGGUAGCCCAUGGAUGGCACAAAAUAUCAAACAAAAGUGCAUUUAAAAAGUUAUCCUGGGUUUGUCUGUCUUUGGUGGUAUUCACUCAUGCCUUAAAAACAAUCCACAGAAAUUGGGAUUGGGAGUCUGAAUAUACGUUGUUUAUGUCAGCCUUGAAGGUAAAUAAAAAUAAUGCCAAAUUAUGGAAUAAUGUGGGUCAUGCUCUGGAAAAUGAAAAGAACUUUGAGAGAGCUUUGAAAUACUUUCUACAGGCUACCCAUGUUCAGCCAGAUGAUAUUGGUGCCCACAUGAAUGUAGGAAGAACUUAUAAAAAUUUAAAUAGAACCAAAGAAGCUGAAGAAUCUUAUAUGACGGCCAAGUCACUGAUGCCUCAAAUUAUUCCUGGUAAAAAAUAUGCAGCCAGAAUUGCCCCUAACCACCUAAACGUUUAUAUUAAUCUGGCCAACCUGAUCCGAGCAGAUGAGUCCCGGCUAGAAGAAGCUGAUCAGCUGUAUCGACAAGCGAUAAGCAUGAGGCCCGACUUCAAACAGGCUUACAUUAGCAGAGGAGAAUUGCUUUUAAAAAUGAAUAAACCUUUCAAAGCAAAAGAAGCAUAUCUUAAAGCACUAGAGUUGGACAGAAAUAAUGCAGAUCUUUGGUACAACUUGGCGAUUGUUCAAAUUGAACUUAAAGAACCAAAUGAAGCUCUUAAAAACUUUAAUCGUGCUUUAGAACUAAAUCCAAAACAUAAGCUAGCAUUAUUCAAUUCUGGUAUAUUAAUGCAAGAAUCAGGUGAGGUUAAGCUCAGACCUGAAGCUAGAAAACGACUUUUAAGUUAUAUAAAUGAAGAGCCACUAGAUGCUAAUGGUUAUUUCAAUCUGGGAAUGCUUGCCAUGGAUGACAAAAAGGACUCUGAAGCAGAGAUGUGGAUGAAGAAAGCCAUAAAAUUACAACCUGACUUCAGAAGUGCUUUGUUUAAUCUGGCUCUGCUGUAUUCUCAGACUGCAAAGGAAUUACUGGCUUUGCCAGUUUUAGAAGAGUUACUCAAAUACUAUCCUGAUCAUAUCAAGGGUCUCAUUUUAAAGGGAGACAUUCUGAUGAAUCAAAAGAAAGAUAUACUUGGAGCAAAAAAAUGUUUCGAAAAGAUUUUGGAGAUGGAUCCAAGGAAUGUGCAAGGAAAGCACAAUCUUUGUGUUGUUUAUUUUGAAGAGAAAGACUUAUUAAAAGCUGAAAGAUGCCUGCUUGAAACAUUGGCAUUAGCACCACAUGAAGAAUAUAUCCAGCGCCAUUUGAAUAUAGUCAGGGAUAAAAUUUCCGCAUCUAGUUUAAUAGAACAACCAAUAUUCCCAGUUAGUAAGACUUCAGGAAACAAAAUUCCACCUGAAAAUCCAAAAGAAAUAAGAAGUGAACCCCAACCCACACAGGUAAUCAAAACAAGUGAUAAUAAAAGUUCAUCUAAAGCCAACAAGCAGUUAGGAAAAGAUACAGACAGUGAGACCCCUCACAAAACAACAAAAGAAAUAAAAGAAAUUGAGAAGAAAAGAGUUGCUGCUUUAAAAAGACUAGAAGAGAUUGAACGUAUUUUAAAUGGUGAAUAGCAUUACUCUUUAUUAUGUGACUGGUUUCAAACAACUUCAGACUAUAUCAAUUGAUUGCUUAUGGCAACUUUGAAAAAUAGCAAGGAUUCAUAACAGUAUCAUGAGCUGCCUCUAUGUAGGAUCAAAAUAAGAUUUUUAAACACCUACCUUACACCAGAUUAUGUAUUCUAAGAUACCACAUAGUUUUCUGAGUUUUGGUGAAUAUAGCUGAAAUAUUAAAUUACAUGUGGCUAAUCUGUACCUUUUAUUAUAGAAGGAUGAUUCUUCUAGCAGAAUAAUCAUGACUACUAUCAAUUAAAAAUAGUCUGAGGCCUGAAUGAUAAUCCUUUGGGGGCAAAUCCAAUAUUUGCUUUUUCAUUCUGUGAAUUCCCAUUUAUUACUGAAUUUAUUUUUCCUUCACCUGUUGAAAUUUGCUAAUGAAUUGAAAACACUUAUUGAACACUUAUUUUUUCUAUAGUGACUUUCUGUUUAAUCAAGGGACUUUGCCUAUAAAAGAAUACUGGCUUUAUGUGUAUUCUUUUGUUGAUUUUUAGAAGGAAUGCUAGAUGAAACAUUUUAAAAUAGGUCAUGACAUGUGAGAUUAAGAAUGUAUUUUUAUAAUUGUGUGCUGUCCUUCACUCUAAAAUGCAAAUUUCAGUCAGGUAAAGUUUUAAAUAUAUGUAUGUACAUACAAUACAUUUCUAAUGGUGCUCAUAUAUACUGUAUUUUUAUUUUCUUAACAUACUGAGAGUUUCACAGCAUGAACCACAUAAUCAUGAUUAUCUUUGACUUAUAUUCCCCAAACCAUUCAUAUUUCUUAGGGUCAUAGUCAUACUAAGAAGUCUCAAAAACUAUAACUUUAUUUAAACUUUUGAUUUAAAACAUGGUAAGUUUCUCUUUCAUCUUAAGAUGUAUUAUCUCUCUAGUGUUAUUUAAAUUUUAAUUUUGUUUCUAAAAACUCAGUUAUUCUUAGAUUUCUUAAGCAACUAAAUUGAGUUCUGUUUAACUGAAGGCAAACAAUGUGAUGUUUAUUUUUAAACACUAAGUUCUUAAUAUCGUGUUAUGGUGUGUAUUUUUAUUAAAUAUUUAUUUUGACUACUGAGCUUUCAUAAAAUUUUUAAAGCUGUUUUAAUUCUAUUAAGUAUGGAAAACAAAUUGCUAUUGCAUUUUCCUAUGUGUGCGUGUAUUACACUUUAACCAAAAUUUCAUCAUUUGGCCUACUGUCCAGCUCUAAAAGAUAAUUAGCCAAUAAUUGAAUUAAUAAAUUGAUCAUUUGGUUUUAGCAUAUUUGAACCUGAAAACUGUUAGAGUAAAUACAAAGCAAAUUUAUUAAUUUAAAUCUAAUAUUUUUCUUGACUUAAAUGCAUUUCAGAUGAAUUUCGUAAUACUUAAUAAAGUUGGUGUUGACUUAAAAUGUUAAUGCUAACAUCCUGGGAUAGUAGCAAAUUCUAAUUAUGAAGUAUUUGAGAAACUAUAUAUUGUUUUUGUCUUCCUUUUUUUGAGAUAACAUUUCUAAUUGCCUAUUGUUUCAAAAACCAUAUCCCUGUAACUUUUUAAAAGAAAUGUUUUAUAAAUAGGUCACAAGAAAUAUGGUUUGUAUUAAGGACACACUUGUACUAGGUUCCCUGAGGCUCUCUCCUGGAUUACUUUUUAGGCAAUGUAAAGCAAGCACUGACACUAAUGGUAGUUCAUUCUUGAUACAGGAGAUUCUGUUAUUCAUUAAAUACCUAAUUUCAGUUCUUAAAUUAUGGCUUUGUGACUCCAGAUAUAUAGUGAGAAUACCUCAUAUGCUAUGACUUGAAAAAAGGAAAUCUGUGUUAUUCUUAUCUUCUUUCCACAUAUCUUUAAAAAGAAAGCUUCUGGGUUUGAUCUCUUUGGGUACAGUAGCAAGUGAGUAUAGUUUAGAAAAGUAGAAGGAAAUGUUUCAUGACAGCAGACCAUAAUAAAAGCUUUGAGCAAUAUUUUAGUAAAGUUAUAUAACAUUCAAAAGAUAAAAGAUAUAUUGUUAUCCAAUGAUUUUUGUAGAAAAAAGAAUUUCCUCUUUACUAACUCUUAGAACAGUGCCUACCAUGUACGAAGUGCUCAUAUAUUUGAAUUUUAAAUAAUUUAUUUAAAUCAGAUUCAACCUGAAAUUAGUAAUUUUUCCAAAUCAGUGUUUUGCAACCCUCACUUUAUAUUACAAUCAUCUACAGGGCUCUUAAUAUGAAUCUACCCACAACAGUUAAAUCUGAAUUUUUUAGGGUCGGAGCUAUUAAGUUUUUCUAAAAGUUCCCCGAGUUAUUCUAAGUUGUGGUCAGCGUUAAAGACCACUGAUCUAACUUAAUUUUUAAAAUCCUAUUAUCUCUUCUGUAUUAACUUUUUAAAUAAGUAAUAUAACCCAAUUAAGUUUUUAAAAAAUAUAUAUUUUUAUUGAUUUCAGAAAAGGGGGAGAGAGAAACAUUGAUCAGCUGCCUACUACCCACCCCCCACUGGGAAUCAAGUCCACAACCCAGGCAUGUGCCUUGACCAGGAAUUGAACCACAACCUCUGGUUUAUAGGUCGAGGCUCAACCACUGAGACAUGCUGGCCAUGUUCUCCAGUUAAGUUUUGAUGUUUUAAGUUCCAUUAAGAAAUGCGCUCUUCUGAUAACUAGUACAAUAUGUCUUCACAUGAUGUCAUCAGUAGCUUCUUGGAAACUGCUACUUUCAGUGAAACAACAUAUGAUGAAACCAGUUUUGCCACAGGCUAAUUGAUAUAAAUAACAGUUACUUUUCUACAGCAUAUUUCCGGUCAUGAAAACCUCACCAAACUUCUAAAUAAAGACCCAAAACUCCUGAUAAUAACCAUUGAAAUAAAUGAGUUAUACAUACAUUUAGGAAAGAUUAAUAAAAAUAAGUAAGAGAAUUAGUUUCCAACCCAUUUAUACCAGUUCAAUGUCAAGAAAGGCUGGAGCUGUUCCCAGCAGCUCAGAGAACAAGGCAGGCACCCAUCCUGGACAGAAUGCCCUCCCAUCACGGGAAACACUACACACCCACACUCAAUCAGACUGGGACUAUAUAGACACUCCAAUUAACCUCAUGUGCAAAACUGGGAAGUGGGAGGAUAUUGAGUAUCUGGAGAAAACCCAGGCAGACAUGGGAGAACAUACAAAUUCUACGCAGACAUGGCCCAAGCUGGGAAUUGAUUUUUUUUUUUUCCUCAUCAACAUAACAUCAAAAUGGUGUUGAACAAAGUGCUUCUUGAGUACUUGGCUGUAUUUAUUCCAUCUAAGUUCCAUCAAGUUCACUAAUGUGUAAGGUGAUUAUUUCUUGUCUUUUUAUUCAUAAUACAAAUUUAUUCAAGCUGUUUAGGUCAGAAAAGGGGAAUGUGUUUUUUCCCCUUUGGAGCUGCCCUUUGAAAGGGUAGGGACAUUUUAGCCCAGUUCACUAACCUGUGAUUCAGAGUUGUGAGCAUAUAUGAGUUUGGAAAAGAAAAUUUAUAAAAGGUUUGUGUGCUGGUGAAGGAUGUAAUUUUAGUUCUGUUUUACAAAAGAAUCGACUCCCCUUGAGUUCUAGGAAAGCUUUGACAAUCCCCAAGGGGUGGUUUGUUAAUCCGUCACUGCUUCUCAGAAGGAAAAAUAAAGUUUUUCAUAUAUUGUUCCUAUAUGUGUUUGCUUAUGAACAUUCAAAAUUGGGAACUUUAUCUUACAGUUAUUUCAGUAAGUAAUUUUAUGAGGUUGAUGGCUUGUAGGACAAAAAUAUGUUUGCAAUUUUGUGUUUACUUUUAUGUAAAUAUUUGGUAUGUGACUUGCACAAUUUUAAUAAAACCAUGGCUUUCAUUACAUCUAAGUUGAGGUUUCAACUUCAUGUUACAGAAUGCUUUAAAGAUAUUUCAAUGAAAAGCAUUAUGAAAAGAUAUAGAUUUGUAUGUCAAUUUAUACUUAGAAAUCCACAUAUUUGUCAUAUUUAUUUUUAUAAAAACCUCUAUUUGUCUGCAUGACUAAAUGGUAUUUAAAAUGAACCCCUUUAAAAUGUCUGGUAACUUUGUCCAAAAUUUUAUCUAUUAGAAACUCAGCCAUCCAUGUUAACAGUUCAUAAGAAAGUAAUUCAAAAUUGUAUGCAUUUUAUAUGACUAUGGUGUCUGUGUGUACCAUAUUUCUAAAUAUGCAGUAUUAAAUUGAUACUUUUUAAAACCUUAA